AGCCGCGCGGGUUUGUGUAUCCGAACGCGUUUUUGUUUUUUAAUUCGCGAUCGAAAUUUGAAUUUGGAAAGAGGGUUGACUGAAAAAAGUUUAGUUAGUUUUAAUGGCCGCUGGUGUGAUUUGGAUUUUGUGAUAAUGUUUAGUGAUUAAUUUUUAAUGUGAAUUUAUUGGACUUUUAUUGCUGAUUGGAGAUUUUUCUGAUGGAUACAAUAAAAUGUAUCAUCGGGUAAGACGAAAAAUGAGACUUGUCGUAUGUGCCAUAUUACUUUUAGUUCCAAGUUCACCAGCUCAUGACAACACAGCGCUGCCGACUCAAAGCACAGAACCGGUCGACGACAACUAUGAGAACAAUAUCAUAGACUUUGAUGAAGAAUACUCUGUGAAAUUCAACAAACGAUAUGGAGCCAUACCCUGGAAUUCUAAUAAUCAGAAGUACUCCAAAGAAUCCCACAGAUACACGAUUGUCAAUGAACAGAAGAAGAAUAACAACCAAAAUGAAACUGAGAUACAUAACAUGAAUGAAAACCUACAAAUUAUUAGUGAAACCACUGAAGCAGAUUUUAGUGUAAUACCAUUAGAACUUGUUAGUACAACUGAGAAUUAUUUAGUUAGUAUUUUAGAAAGUACCACUGAUCCUGAUUUGUCUGUUAUACCUCUAUCGACUACUGUAAGAAAUGUGCCAAAUGUGCAAAUAAAUCUAACAGUCACGUUGCCUUCUUCGACACAAGAUACUGAAACCACAUACACUACGGAAAGCAUUCCAACUACUUCUGAUAGUAAUAUAAAUAUUACAACAGUUAUAGUACAAACCACGACGUCUUCUAACUUUAGUACGACUACUAAUGAACCAAAACUAUUAAAUGAAACUUCAGAUGAGUCUAGUAUAAGUACAGAAAGUCCUUCUACUACAACAAGUGUCAUUACUACAGGAACAGAUUUUGACUUUGAAACUUCAGCUACUUCUGUUGACACAGAAAGCACAACUGAAAAAGUGAAUGUUACAACAGAAAUAACAAAAUCCAAUGUAACACUAGAAGCAGGAAAUGUAACAAUAGCCAAAACAAAUCUAACUUUGACAGUUAACGUAACUAACGCAAACGCAACAAUAGCAAAUCAAACCGAUGCUCUGAAAGUAAAUUCGACUAAGGAACCUCGAUUCAACAUAGACAGCAUAGAAGUGGACGAAAAAGACGUGCCAAUCUUCACUGAGCUUGACUCAGAAGAUGAGGAAGUUCCAGAAGAUUAUUACGAUGGAAAAGACGUGAUUCCUACAACAGCCCCCAAGACUAACGCUAUAUCGGUGUUAGUAGGUCUAGCUGGGAGUGUGGUGGAGAGUAUGGUUGAAUCAGUGGCGGAGAGGGUCGUCCCGAAGGGGAUAUUCGAUUUGUUCAAGAGGAUGCAGAAACAGAACGAGCAGCUGGAAGCAGAGAGGCUGAGGAGCCGAGAGGAGAAUGGUGGAUUGGGUCAACUCGGUCGAGGUAUCCUGAAGAGCAUCUCCUCAGGGCUGAGCAAACCCUUCACCCAGUUAAUGGCGGGUGCCCGGGACAUCGGCUCCUUAGACAGUGACCGGGGCUUCGUCAGCAGCCUGGCCUCAGGGGUCACUAGCGUCGCUAACGUCGCCAACUCCUUGUCAGAUGCAUUCAAGGAUAGAGUGCAAGCUAUUUAUCCAGGAACUGUCUGGUGCGGAGACGGCCACUCCGCCACGGCGCGCUCGGGCGAACUAGGCCUGUUCUUCUUCACGGACACCUGCUGCCGCCAGCACGACGCCUGCAAGAUCUACAUCAAGGCCGGCGACACCAAGUACGGGCUCACCAACACUGGACUGUUCACCAGGUCGCACUGCAGCUGCGACAUGCAGUUCCGCGAGUGUCUGCGGCGCACCAACUCGCUGGUGUCGGCGCAGAUCGGCCUGACGUACUUCAACGUGCUGGGCCCGCAGUGCUUCAGGAAGGCGCAUCCUAUCGUCAAGUGCGUGAGGAGGACCAGGAUAACAGGUCAGAAAUGCGAGGAGUAUCAGCUGGACUACACCAAGCCGAAGAUGUGGCAGUGGUUCGACAACGAGACCUUCUGAGUGGCGCCAUUUACCUCACAUUCGAGGCUAAAUUGGUGUUUUUUGUACAUACCUUACUUUUUUAUUUUGUUCUACAAAGAACCGACUAAGGUAAUCGUUGCAGCGCAAGAAUCUUCUGUGAAGAAUAUUCUGUGACGUAAAAAGAAUAAAAUAUCAACCCUUUGUUCAGUGCAGGACAGAUAUCGAGAUUAUAUUAAAGCUAAAUGAUAAUAAACUUACAAAAUCUAAUAGCCUAUCCGCUGAAUUACGAAUCUCUCCAAUACUGAAUCUGCUCUACACCGAACAAAGAGAGAAAAACCUGCUUAAAUGUUCCAUGGAGAUUUUUUUAAAUAUUUGCUGUGACUUUCAAGUGUGAAGACACUGGCGACAUCUAUUGGCAGACAGGUAAUUGUGAAAGUACAAUCGCGUUCAUAACGCUUAUCAUUUUGUGAUUUAUUUAUCAAAUUAUACGUAUUCGUCAUAUUUAUGACGAGUAGUUGAAGUUGCUGAAAUAUUUUUACAGUGUUCGUGUAUAUUUUUUCAGAACCGUUGUUCUAAAUAGUUACGUAAUAUUUAAAUUGCAGUAUCAAUUAAUAUGAUACGUUCAUAUAUUUUUCUACUAUUUUGAUUAGUUCUUACUAAACCAACGAAAAUAUUUUUGACCAUAAACUUUUCGAUUCGUGUUAAAUUAUUUUAUAUAAUUGGAAAAGAAAU